AUGACGUUCUCUCAGGAGAGGGAUAUACCCGACCUGGCCGGAAAGGUCGUCAUCGUCACAGGCGGCAGCAGCGGCCUCGGAAAAGAAAGCGUCAUCCAGCUCGCCAAGCACAAUCCCGCGGCAAUCUACCUCACAGCCAGGACAGAAGCCCGCGGCAAUGCUGCCAUAAGGGAGAACAAGAUCAAGUACCUCGAACUAGACCUGGGUUCCUUCGCCUCGAUAAAGAAGUCCACCGACGCCUUCCUCACCGCAUCAGACCGUCUCGACAUCUUGAUGAACAAUGCUGGUCUGAUGGCUACCCCUCCGGGCCUAACAACGGAUGGGUACGAAGUCCAAUUCGGGUCAAAUUACAUGGGACCGGCCCUCUUCACUAAGCUGCUUCUCCCAAUCCUCAACAAAACCGCCGAACAGCCAGGAUCCGAUGUCCGCGUCGUCAAUCUGAGCUCCGAGCUCUUCAAGCAAGCGCCCUCAGAUGGAAUCCUCAUCGCAAAGUGCAAGACCCCCCUGGACGAUAUCUCUAGCUUGGCUCGCUACGUUCAUCCCGGAGUGGUGAAAACCGGCCUGUUUGACGACUUUAGGAAGAGAAGGCCGUGGGUUGGUGGGGUGAUCAGUGUGCUUGGGUCGAUCUUCUUGACAGACGUUCACGCGGGUGCGAGGGCUCAGCUUUGGGCCAGUACGGCUGCGAGUGCCAGCGUCAAGAGUGGAGGCUUUUAUAAUCCCAAGUUCAAGGAGUAUAAAGAGGCGAACUUGUAUGACGAUAAGGCGGCCCAGGAACUGUGCGAUUGGACCGAGAAGGAGCUUGAGGGCCAGUGA